UUGUUGAAGCAGGUGAUACGGGAAGUAAUUAAUUGGCAAACACUUGCUGCCAGCACUCUCUAUUCAAGAUGGAGCCUGUGAAAGUUUUGCUACUCCUGCUGCACUGCAAGUUCACUGUUGCCACCACAGGUCACUUUUGGCAUGUCACAGACCUCCACUGGGAUCCUGAGUACACCAUGACAACAGAUCCUCUCAAGGUGUGUCCAUCUGCUGGAUCCCAGCCAGUAUCCAGUGCUGGGAUGUGGGGAAAUUACCUGUGCGAUUCUCCCUGGAGUCUCAUAAACUCCUCCAUUUAUGCCAUGAAGAACAUUCUGCCUGCUCCAGAUUUCAUCCUUUGGACUGGUGAUGAUACGCCUCAUGUCCCCAAUGAGAGACUUGGAGAAGAAGUGGUGCUGGAAAUAAUUGGAAAUCUGACUGCUCUGAUAAAACGUGUAUUUCCAGACACUAAAGUCUAUUCUGCAAUGGGCAAUCAUGACUUCCACCCCAAGAACCAGUUUCCAGGGGAGAGGCACAGGAUCUACAACAAAACAGCUGAGCUGUGGCACUCCUGGCUCAGCAGUGCUUCCCUUUCAACGUUCAUAGCAGGUGCUUUUUACAGUGAAAAGCUUGUAAGCCCAAAUUCAUCAGGGCGAAUUAUUGUCCUCAACACUAAUCUGUACUACACCCAGAACGAUCGGACUGCUGGUAUGGAAGACCCGGCAGGACAGUUCAAAUGGCUGGAAGAUAUGCUGAAUAAUGCCUCAAAAGCAGGAGAAAUGGUCUAUAUUGUGGGGCAUGUUCCACCUGGCAUCUUUGAGAAGAAGCGAAGCAAGCCCUGGUUCCAAAAGCAGUUUAAUGAGCGCUAUGUAGAGAUUGUGCAGAAGCACCACAGUGUGAUAGCUGCCCAGUUCUUUGGACACCAUCACACUGACAGCUUUCGAAUGUUUUACAGCAAUACAGGUUCCCCGAUCAACAACCUGUUUUUAGCCCCUGGAGUGACUCCUUGGAAAACAACGUUACCUGGUGUGCGCAAUGGAGCCAACAACCCAGGGAUCCGGGUAUUUGCCUAUGAGCGAGACACACUGCAAGUGAAGGAUAUGGUGACUUAUUAUUUAAACCUCACCCAUGCUAACAUGGUGGCCCCAAGAUGGGAGAAAGAGUAUCGGCUGACGGAAGCCUUCCAGGUCCCUGAUGCCUCUGUACAUUCCAUGCAUACAGUGUUGGAGAAGAUCUCUAAGGACAAACACUUCCUCCAACAAUACUAUCAAUUUAACUCUGUCAAGUAUGACCUCACGGAAUGUGAUGAGACCUGCCAGACUGACCAUGUAUGUGCAAUUCAGGAGGUUGAUUUUAUGAAAUAUGAUGAAUGCAUUAAAGUUAGGAGCUUUGGUUCUGCCUCUGCUAUCCCAGCCAAAGCUCUUGCAUUCCUCUGCUUACUCUUGGGACUCCUCAGUUUCUACAGGAACUUUUGAUGACCCUGACUAGUCCCCAGCUAGUAAGGAAUGGUAUCCUGUCUGAUGUCAGCCUAUCCAGUUCCUAGCUAAAAACCCAGGUAAAGGCAUUCAUGUCCCCACUGUAGUGGUUGCAGAGGUCACUUCAUGAGGUAGCAGGUCAAGUUAAAGGUGAGGCUUAACUUGACCUGCUGACAUUUUCAAACCCCAGACUGUCUUUUCUUCUCUAGGAUUUCACAUCCAGAUAGACAACCCAAGAUCAGGGCAUACUUCCUAACGAGGAUACAGCUAAAGUGAGUGGUAUGAGGUAGUAGCAAGUUAAGCAUGGUUUAUCAAGCAAGCAAGUCGUAUUCAGUUCUUUGCUGUGUGAACUUGGAUAAGUCUCUUGGGCUAAGAUUUUCCAAUAUCAGUCCCAAAACUUAGGCUAUAUUAGAAGCAGUCUAUUUCCAAAUGCUGGGAACCCAGCAACUCUCACCUAGGUCAGUGCAUGGCCAGUGAUCCUGAAAGCACAUCAUUUGUUUAAAUUCCUCAGUGUGGAUGGCAGAGCAUGACUUAAGGCACUCAUUUUAAAUGUUUGAUUCUUAGUGACUUGGGUAUUUUUAAGGAAACCUGGGGCACUGCUUCCACCUCACCCCACACUGAUUCCUACGUCAGGCAGGAGGGGUGGUACCCAGCCCAGUCCAGCCCACCCUACCUCCUGCCACAGCUCAGAAGGGCACCAAAGAGUGCCAAAACACAAGUUUGCCCAGGGCGCCAUACAUGUGCACAUGAGCAGCCCAUGUCCACAGCAUGACUCUCCCCCUGCCCCACCCUGCCUUAGCCUGGCCACUCCCUGCCCCUGGCAGUAGGAGUGGUGCUCAGUCCACCCCAGCCGCCCUGCCUCCAGCCACAGUCCAGGAGGAGCUGGGCUGAGCAAUGUGGAUGUCAUGGCCUCAGUCUGGGACCUUUGUUUCCAUUUUCACUAAUCAGUUGGGACACUGGGAUGGCUCACAAAAUCCAGGACUGUCCUGGUCAAACUGGGAUGUAUGGUUACCCUAUUCAUGACUGACCUCUGCUCUGUGUCCAACCUGACUUCUUACCAUGUAAAGCACCUUGAGACACACAAAUGAACUGCAGCAUCCUAACUGUCUGUGGACACCUCCCUUCCCAUUCAUGAUCACCUCAUCCCAAUUCCCAUUCUGUCCAACAUUACAAGGAUCACCUCCUGCCCCAUCUGUUAUGUCCCACCUCAGGUUCCCUCCCAUUCACAUGUAUGUAGAUGCCUGCUUCACCUAGGGCACAAGUAGAUGCCUGCUUCACCUAGGGCAGGGGCAGGCAGUUAUUUUGGGCAGAGGGCCGCUUACUGAGUUUUGGCAAGCUAUCGAGGGCCACGUGAUAGGCAGCCAGGGGGAGAUGAAAAUUAAUUUUCUAAAUUUUUAGGGGCCCCACAGGCCAGAUAGAAUGGACUGGCGGGCCGUAUCUGGCCCACAGGCUGCAUUUUACCCACCCCUGACCUAGGGGGUAGGAUUAAAUGAUGGAUGUCCUUUCCAGCCAUACUUCUCUAUGAUUCUAUGAUGCAGCAGCUGCUGUUUGGGAAGGAACUGUCCAAAAAGGACUGAAUCUACCUUUACUUGACUUCAGUGCUGUUCAACACAUGGAAAUGUCGGGGAGGAGCGCCCUCUCUCAUGGACAACCACUUGUGACCAUGGAUAAUCAUUUUGAGAACACUUGGCUUAGGGAUUUAAACAUGCAGUCAGAUGUACUUAAUCCCUUCUGGUACAAUCAGUUCACUUCUGGGCUGAGUUGGCUCAGAGCUCUGUGAUCCUGAUAGAUAUAUACAGAGUUUACUGUAUGGAUUUUUCAGACCAUUGCUUAGCCCUUGAAGCUCUGUUGUAGUAGAAGUGAAUGCUGUCAUUGCAAGAACGUAUGAUGCAAUCUGUAACAGGCAAGAUUUGCAGCAAAGUUCCCCUUUCACUGGUGCUCUACAGGGUGUGUGCACUGGGUGAACACUGCCCCACUCCCUUGAGAGUCACAUAGCUCUCUGGUGCCCUGGGCAUAGAAACAGGAAAUGGCAUUACAAUAGAAAACGGAUUUUUCAUAUCCAUGAUCAUUCACAACCUGCUUAGUUUGCAUCAGGUUACAUAAUUAAAAACAUACCACUCAGCUGUCUUGUGGCAUUUACUUCAGCUGGAGUACACCACUGACUGGAGAAGCAGCAUCCUCUGAAAUAAAAGCCACAGCAAACAGCUGGAGCUCCUCUGCAGUAUUAGGCAGCUGUUUGCUACAAACUAGUAUACCUAUGACUAGUUUGCAAACCCUCUUGGAAGGAGGGUUGGGAAUGUCACCCUGCAGAGUCUGGGUUCUGCUGUACAGUAUACUCAGUCCUAGUCCUAUUUUAGUGGGAUAUCUCCCAGGAGACUGAGACACACAGUGUAAGUAAGAAAAGCUUAAUGGCACUUGUAUACGUGAUGGGGGGGAGGGGAUGGAGGUCCUCUAAAAUCAAAACGGUGGGUUUUCAGUUGUGAUGAUUAAAAACCCACUGUUUCA